CUCUUCCAUUGUUCCUUCCAUUAUUAGCCAGUCGAGCACUACAGUCGCUUCAAGAUUGAUCGGUGUAGCAGUUCGCCAUGAGGAAGGUGUGCGCUAACCUAGACCGGGAGGACGGUUUGGACACCGUGCUCGAGGUGCCCGUCCCGGAGUCCCACCACGAGCCGUCCGCCCGCGGUGGCCGGCGCCGGCGCCGCACGGUGACCGCGUGGGUGCGGUCGCACAUGGACCAGCGCCACCGGCGAGACGGCGCACCGCCGUCCCGGGCCGACGUGCAGCUCAUGCUCGGCGUCAUCGGCGCGCCGCUGGUACCGCAGCCCGUGGAGGCGAGGAAGGCCAUGGCCGGGAAGGACAUCAAGGAAGAGCCCCUUGAGGUUUCGAAGGCCAAGUACAUCGUGGAGCAGUACGUCGCGGCGGCGGGAGGGGAGCCGGCGCUGAGCGCGGCGACGAGUAUGUACGCGAUGGGGAAGGUGCGGAUGAGGACUGCCAAGGGGCAGAAGGCCAAGACAGGAAUGGGCGUCGUCAACGGCGGCGGCGAGGUCGCCGGCGGCUUCGUGGUGUGGCAGAAGAUGCCCGAGAUGUGGUGCGUGGAGAUGGUGGUGGCCGGCGGCACCAAAAUGAGCGCCGGCAGCGACGGCAAGGUCGCCUGGCGCCAGACGCCCUGGCAGCAAGCCCACGCAUCCCGAGGGCCCCCAAGACCGCUCCGCCGAUGCGUUCAGGGUCUGGAUCCGAAAUCGACGGCGAACCUGUUCUCGACAGCAACAUGGGUCGGCGAGAAGUGCAUCGACGACGAUGACUGCUUCGUGCUCCGCGUCGACGCCGACCCCUCGGCGCUCCGCGCCCGGAGCAGCGCCGACGUUGAGGUCGUCCGGCACGCCGUGUGGGGGUACUUCAGCCAGAGGACGGGGCUCCUGGUCCGCCUUGAGGACAGCCACCUGCUGCGCAUCCACGUGCACGGCGAGGCCACCGAGACCGCCUACUGGGAGACCUCCAUGGAGUCGUCCAUCGGCGACUACCGCGCCGUCGACGGCAUCAACGUCGCGCACGCCGGCCGUACCGUCGUGUCGCUGUCCCGUUUCGGCAGCGGCGCCGACGAGGACGACGGCUCCGACGCCGCGCGCGGUAAGAGGACUUGCACGUGCCUGGAGGAGACGUGGAGCAUCGAGGAGGUGGACUUCAACAUCAUGGGCCUGUCCACAGAGUGCUUCUUGCCUCCCAGAGACAUGAUCCCAGCUUGCAACUCUAAACCGGUAGAGAAGGAGCAGCGCAAGAAGGACGCCGUUGCCGUUCCUGUAAAUUGUGCAGCAGGACUUGACGUCAUCAAGAGCAAGAACAGUGAUGGCGGCGUCAGACCAGCGGCAGCGAGAAAGGCGCUUGUUCCGUCGGCGACUGGGCUUGGCUGGUUCGGGCCGGCGAAGGUUGUAGCGGUGGAAACUGUCGACGCCGCCGAGUAAUCAUUUUCGGCCCGCGAGAUAAGACGAUGUUGCAUAGUUCCGGAGGCGUGUGUUGCGGCGCCCCGUCCACUAGCAAGUGAAGACCUGUAUAGUUUUCUUUUCCUCUGCACAGUGCAUAGUAUAGGAGGGCAGUUGAGAACCACGUGGAUUUUUUUCUCCACUAGAGUUCUCGUUUUGCAUAGUCUGCAAAAAGAACAAAAAUUCAUAUGUUGUACGGCGACAAUUAGUGAUUUUCUCCAUCAAGAAUCUUUUUACCAGGCGUUGUCUUGGUAACGAUCGAGUUUCGGCACAGCUGACUACUCGAAUUUCCAAACCAUUCUAUCAACAA